AGGCCUGACCUUGGAAGCGGAACGGGGUCCUGCGGCGGGUCCUUCGGGCGGGGAGGGUGACAUUCAGCGGCCGUCCCGGGUGACGGACCUUCCAGCUUGGAACCAUGGCCCAGUUUGUCCGUAACCUGGCGGAGAAGGCCCCGGCGCUGGUGAACGCUGCUGUGACUUACUCAAAGCCUCGAUUGGCUACAUUUUGGCACUAUGCCAAAGUUGAGCUGGUUCCUCCAACCCCUGCUGAGAUCCCUACAGCUAUUCAGAGCUUGAAAAAAAUAGUCAAGAGUGCUCAAACUGGUAGCUUCAAACAGCUCACAGUUAAGGAAGCUCUGCUGAAUGGUUUGGUGGCCACCGAGGUGUGGAUGUGGUUUUAUGUCGGCGAGAUCAUAGGCAAGCGUGGCAUCAUUGGCUAUAAUGUUUGAAGACCAAUCUUUAACAUCUGUUUAUAUGUGGCUUAUUAUUUGAGGGUUCUUGGACCAUGUGUGAUCAGACUGGUACUUGAAUAAAAGAAGAUAAUGUGUCAAAAUCAGUGUUUUCUCUGUCAGACACUACAUGGAAGGAUUAUAGUUUCUCUUGAUAAUAAGAUGGAUUGUCUUGCUUUAAUACAUUAAUACAGCUCUAAGGACAUGUCUUUGCUUAGCCUAAAAUCGGAAAGGAUAUAUGUGAAUAUACCAACCUGGCAAAUAGAUUUUUGAGGAUAACAUUCUAACCUGAAGGUUUGAAAUACAUGACAAAUUUAUUUUAUUUCCAGAAUAGUCAGGGAAAAGGUCUUGGGAAAACUAGGACUUGCUACAGUAAGAAAAAUAGUAAUACCACGUGCCAUAGUGAUAUAGUUAAAUCAUGUCCAUAAUCUAAAGAAUAAAAUUUGGAUGGUUUCUCUUUGCUACAGAAUUUUUUUUUUUUAAGAUUUUAUUUAUUUGACACAGCAAGAGAGGGAACACAAGCAGGGGGAGUGGGAGAGGGAGAAAUAGGCUUCCUGCAGAGCAGGGACCCCGAUGCGGGGCUCCAUCCCAGGACCCUGGGAUCAUGACCUGAGCUGAAUGCACAUGCUUAAUGACUGAACCACCCAGGCACCCCAGAGAUCGACCUUUUGAUAACACCUGCAUUUAUAAAUGUUAGAGUACUUCGUUGUAGUCUAAGUAAGUAUCUUUACACCAUCUUUAACACCAGGACAGAGCUACUAAGAGCCACCAACUCCUUUUUAAAUCUAAUUUUGAUGUGUGUUAAAUUAUUAAUCUGUUCAGUUCAUGAUUUUUAGAACCUAUCUUAAUAAAAAUAAAAUACCCUAUGGAUAUUUAAAUAGUUAAAAAUUUAGUAUUCUCUAUUCUAAAUAGUACAUUAUGUCCUGAAAUAAAUACAAAUGCUUGCUA